AUGCCGACUCAGUUUGCGCAGGAGAGCAUCUAUAACCUCCUGCCCCGCCAGGAAGAGAAGCCUGUCAAACCUGCCAGGUAUAUAUCCACAUUUAGACCAUCUGUGAAAUGUGAAGCACAGGAAAAUAAAGCUCAAUGGAAAACUAUGGGACCAGCCAAAGUUGCAGUGCCAUCUCCAAAGAAUUUUCUGCAGAAACAUUCAAAGGAACCCAAGCUUCCAGCAAGAAAAAAGGAACAGGAUAGUAAGAAAUUACCUGCACUGUCAGUGCCACAGAGGGCAGAUCACCCAGUUAUGGGAAUUCAGAGUAAAAAGAACUUUAUAAACACAAAUGCAGUUGCUGCUAUCACAGGAUUGCCUAAAAAGCCUCAGCCUAUGUACGUUGAUAGAAGACAGGGAGAUAAAUAUCUGCUUGAAACUUCAGGACUUGUUCCAAAAUACAUUAAAAAAAAGGACUUCGGUGUGACGCCAAAAUAUGUAACAAAGAGAAAUGAAGAAGAGAAGAGAGCUCAGGAAGAAUAUGAGGCCAGUAUCUUGGAGACUCUCAAGAAAAGAGCCAUGAAACGACUGUCUGAUGAGGAAAGGACAAGUCUUCUGCAGGGGCUGAAAAAGAACUGGGAGGAAGUCUAUCAUGAAUUUCAACGUCUUCCAGUACAAAUAGACACCAUACCCAAGAAGCUAAAUAAAGAAAAGCUGGAAACACAGAUGAAACAACUGGAGCAUGACAUAGAAGUAAUCGAGAAGCACAAAUUUAUCUACAUUGCAGAUGAGUAA